AUUGGUCCUACCAGUCGCUGUGCGUACCUGACCGAUGGUUUGAUUUCGUCUCGAAUAUAGCACAAACGCGCAAAAANAAAAAAAAAAAAAAAAAAAAAAAAAAGAUAAAUAACAAACAAUGUAAGGUCACGGGCACUCGUCAUGACGAGAUGCUUACUCCUUUCGAAUGCCGGACAAAACUGCCUCAAAGAUGCUGUCACACAAAGAAAACACGCCCUCACACCCCUCCGCCUCGCUCCGAAUACCCGGUCGAGCGAGGACAACAAAAAUGUGGUCUUGCAAAGAGUACACUCCUGCAGUACGUCCCGCCACAAUUAAAAAAAGACCGCUCCAGGUUUUGGCGUCGUGGCGUUGUCGCAUCUGGCGUCCAGCCAUGUCUAUGACGGAAGCCAAAAAAAGAACAAAGCAAUCAAAAGGAUGGCCAUCACCAAAGCGGAGACAUCAUAGCCCAGUCAAUGGCUGUAAUGCCGUAACGCGGCAAAGGCGCUCAACCGGAGAACAUGAUGAUGGCAAAAGAAAAGGACGACAGCAAGGUGGAGUGUAUGCUCAACUAGAUGCUCGGUACGGGCAGGGAUCAUCGACGUCGUAUUCUACCAUUGACGCAACGCAUGGGCAGCGGCUGCUUGCAUUCAAAAAGCACGAAAGGCAUAUCGUAAACAUCACGUUUGACGAUACCGAAAAAAAAAAAACAUACUAGCCAUGGGUUGAGGUGGCUCACCGGCGCAUGCAGCCAUCUCCCUGCCUGUGCGCGUGGGUGAUAGCAGGAUGCGAUGCGGUAAAAAAAAGGCUGGGGGUUGCAGAUCGAGGACGAACCCUUGUGCCAAGCCCGCCAGUUUAUGGGGGGGUGCGCCACACAUCAGUCACCGUCCUUGAAGUAUAUGAAGGGGAUAGUUCGCUCGCCAUCUCCUGCUUUGUAUCUGCCCCCGAACCCCCGGACAAAGUUUGUCUUUCUUGUUCCCCCAGAUAUCGUUCGGAGUUGUGUUAUGUCAAACGGGCUCGCCCCACACCGGUUCGAGAUGAUCUACCCAAACGAGAUCAAGAAGGGUGCAGACUAUGCAACCCGAAGUCGCCCCCAUCUCGACAAGUGCUCGGCAAGUCCCAUCUGGCGACUUGCUGUUGAGCGUGUCGUCGACCAGGCCGAUGACCUAAUCGUGCUGGCCGAGGUCGGUGGCCUGGACUACCCGACAGGCAUCGCCAAGAAGAGCCAGCGGUCCAUCGCUCGUGCAACCAGGAUGUUGGCUCCGUUCUCCGAGAAUAUACCAGCCUGGAAGCUUGUCGUCGACUUUGCCGCCGUUCUCACCGUUCUGUUUAGCCUCCAGUAUCACCUGGAGCCAUUAGACCUUCUUCUCGCAGGUGUCGUUGGUACGUGGAUAGCGUGCCGUGCCACCUUAGUUUGGGUACAGGCGGCGACCAAGGCGGCGAACGACAUAAAUUCGUAUCUGGACGAGUUGUGCCUGGCCAUGCCUCAGCUGUAUGCUGCAGAGGAGGGAUGCCUCACGCAGAGUGCCCAGGGUGCCCUGCUCGAGGUGUACAUACUGAUGGCACAGCAUCUAAUCCAUAAUUUGCGGUUUGUGGGGUCCCAUCAGCGUGUACUCCUUCAUCAGAGGGCAUGGACCAGACUCGCCACCCAAAGCUCAUCGGCAGUGUGGCAGCACAGAAAGUUAGUGGCAAUUGCGGAAGCGGAAUGCUUGAAAAGUAAAACUGCUCGAGAGCGCCUCGAAAUUGUUCAACAGAAGCAGCCGUCUUAUGGCAACGUUCCCGCACGGUUCGUUUCUCGCUUCCAUGGUAGAGACGAUGCUCUGCAGGCUAUUGCAAUAGCGCUACGUCCUGGGCAAGCCGGAUGUGGUGAGCUGAGAUCUUUUGUUCUCUUCGGCAUUGGCGGGGUUGGAAAAACCGAGAUAGCACAUCAAUACGUGGCCCAACAUCGUAAAGAUUAUUCGACCAUAUUUUGGGUCAACGCCUCCAACGUUGAGACGUUGAGGGAUGGCUUCGAGGAAAUCGCCCAACUAAUUGAGACAGAGCUUCAAGGCCCGCAGUCUCCUAUGACCAGAGUCCACAACUGGCUGAAUGACACAGACCAAACCUGGCUUAUGGUAGUCGACGGUGCAGAUGAUCUGGAGAUUUUGGAGAAAUUUUGGCCAGGCAAUGGUCGUGGUUCGGUACUUAUCACGACACGAGACCAUACAGGUGCGCAGGAACGAAGGUUGGACUCAGUUUACAAUGUCCGGCCAUUCAAACCCGCCGAAAGCGCCAAGUUCUUGUUAAACAGUAUAGGGAUGUACAAUCCGUCCCCGGACGACCGAGAGGUCGCCAAAGGUAUUACGUGUCGGCUCGGUCACCUCCCACUUACCCUCAACCAAGCCAGCGGGUUCAUCGUGCGUAGGCAACUGUCACUGCGCGACUUCAUGUACAAGUAUAGGCUCCAGCCAGACGCGGAGGAGAUCGACGAGCUGAAAUCAUGCGGAGGGUACCCGCGAAGCGUCGCUAGCGUAUGGGAGGACACAUUCUCCAGGAUCCCGGAAAAGUCUAUGCUCUUUUUGAACAUCCUUGCCUUUAUGCGGUCCAAGGGGGUCAAAGAGGAGGUCCUCUAUCUAGGAUCCGUGCUCCUCAGAAGGGCACAUCCAGAGAUGGGGAGAGAGGGCUGGAAACUGAUGCUCUUCAUGAACGAGAGUAUGGAGAUGUCCGAGGCGCAGGAGGUUCUGCUCAAGUGGGGACUGAUAUCCCGGGAUCCGCAGGCAGGUUUUGUGUCGAUGCUCCGGGCGGUGCGGCAGCAGACCAUACGCCGGUUGGGGAACGACGAGCGCGAGCACUUUUCUUUCAUUGCAAGAGAAAUACAGCGCCUCGUGGCGGAAAAGGAAGAGGGAGGAAAGGCUGAGAGGAUGGUGUCGGGAUUUGCGGGUUGCAUGCAAAAGCAGCAGCCCGAAGCUGAGAAGCUCACCCCUGUGCGGCCGCCGGCGCUUUGCGAAGCCAGUUCACCGACCGGACCGCCGCGAGGGAAGACUAGGUCUGAAUUUGCUGCAAAUCUAGUAACCCAAUCUCAGGCAGGAGAUUGCCAGCGCGUGGUGCGACCGAGCAUGAUGAGGCCCAACCUGACAGCUCCACCAUUGAAGAAGAGAUCAUUGGCGGAUUUGGUGGCUUUUAUGGCAACUCAACCGCCAGGAGGGAGUAAGAGCAGCGUGGCACCUGCCAUUAUGAGCACCGAGCGGGCCAGGGCGGCAGAGGCCAGGGCUUAUCAGAUGAGCGGGAUGUCGCGGCCGAGUUCCUCGGAGGAUCUACAGGCAUCGGACUCUGAGGAUUCUGAGACCGAUACCUGAAGGAAUGUAUUGAGGAUGUGCGUGAAGAUCGCAGGGACGCUCUUUUCUCCUUUAUCGAGAAGGUGUGCUGAGCCUCCUUUUAUCGAAGUUUGUCUUUGGAUGGCCUCUGAGUUCGUCAUGGGUCCUGGUUUCUUUUUUUGGGUUCUUUGUUUUCACUGGAUCGGGUAGCGAGCAUUGUAAAAAUACCUUUGGGAACUGAAAUACGAGUACUAAACUGUUACUCCAAGUCAGCGUUGUAUGAGCUUCAAAUUGAACACACUGUUUUGUGGUGGGAUACAUACCUACUGACAGUAUCAGGGAACGUGUGCCCAGAGCUAUACCCCACAAUAAGUGCUAUCAUCUUCAUCCAUAAAGAUAUCUCUUAUCCAAGUUCCUGCUAGAUGGGACGGGGCCAAUUCGGGACGUACCGCAUAG